AUGAAUGUCUACUUGAACGAAGACAGCAGCAGACAGACAUCAUACCGGCCCAAUGACUUUGCUGACAUUUUUACUGGACUCACCCAUCCAUUUAAAUUGAAAAUGGUCUUAGAUGUCCGUGAAGAAGCUGGAGUAGCACUGGAUUUUCCAACACCAAAUGCUGUGAUUAACUAUCACAAGCAGAAAAAGAAUCAGAUCCCUGUUUUUUCUACUGCCAGUUUCGAUGUUGUGAACCAAGACAAUGAACGACAUGUACUUUGA